AUGUAUCUGUAUCUGGCAGUGCAGUGUCUACAUAUAUACUCACCCCGCUUUUUUUUUGGUUUGCGUAUCGGACAGUUUCACAAAAAAGUAGAUCUCAUCCGUGAUGAGAUUGCCACUGUAGAAAGGAAUAUAGAAAACAUCGCCGAGAAGCAUGGGCAGGCAUUAGCCGCCAUCAGUGAAAAACAGGGACAAAUGAGGAAUGAAGAGUUGGAUCAGGUGAUGGGAGAAAUCAGUCGGUCGGCCAAUCGCGUGCGCAAAGAACUUAAACUCAUGGACUCAGAAAUCAAAGCAAUCCCCGAGGACCAGGCAGGCACAGCCGACACGCGCAUGAUGAAACAACAGCAUUCAACGUUAUCGAGAAAGUUCGUGGAGGUGAUGACGGAAUACAACGACGUGCAAACGAAGUACAAACAGAAAUACAGAGACAGAGUCAAACGCCAGUUUAAAAUCG